GAAACAAAACAAUAUUAGUACUACUAUAGACUUUGUUUUGAGAAAAGAAGGAAGGGGAAAUAGAGGGGGGAAAUUAUACUAGUACCACCACUAGUGAUGCUCUACUGUCCAGCCAGGCAGCCACGGACACCAAGGCAGGCAGGCAGGGACGGGAGGGAGGAGGAGCCAGAAAGAGAUGAGCUCGGCGUGCUGCUGAGGUGAGGUGAGCUCAGCUGAGGCGACACAGAGAGACGAGCGGUGCGGUGCGGUGCUCUGCUGCAUUGCAUUGGCCGACGAAGGAUCGCCUUCCCGCCCGACGCCCGCGGAUCUCGGCCUCGCCGCCAGACGGCCCGAGCUCCGCGGCCGCUGGAUUCUCUGCCGUGCCGUGCGUGAUCUGCUGCAAGCGCGCCGCCACUUGCGUGGGCGGGAGGACUCGGAUCUCCUCUCUACGUCGCUGUCGAGAGAGAGAGAGGCUCUCUCUAAGGUGGGUGGCAGCUUCCUUCCAUUGAAACGGUGGUUCGCUCAGCUGCUUGAUUGGGGCCGAGCCGGGCGGGAGAUCUGGCCGUCGGCGUGGACCUGCAGAUCCCCUGCCUGCCACUGCCAGCGCGCGCCCACGCCUCGCUGCUGUGGAGGUGCCUGCGGAGGGCGGCGGUGGUGGUGGGGAUGGGCGGCUACGCGGAUCCCUUCAUGCCUCCGCAGCCGGCCUCGUCGUCGUCGUACGCCGUGCCGCAGGGCGGGCAUGGGCAGCCGCAGCCGCAGCCCGCGCCGCGCCCGCCGGGCUGUCCGUACUCCUCCUCCGCCUCGGCUCCGCCGGUUUCCACGUCCUACCAUUCUUUGCCCCCCGCGGCGUCCCCUCCGCCGGUAAGUAGCCCCCCUCCGGCCUCCCCGCCACCCGAGCCAUUGCCUUCACCUCCUCCAGCAUUGCCUUCCUCGCCGCCACCGCCGGCAUUGUCGCCUCCGCCGCCCGACGCGCCCCCCCCGCCCCCCCGCCCCCCGGCCCCCCCCGCGUGGGCCCCCCCGCCCCCCCGGCCCGGCCGCCGCCCGCGCGGGGGGCGCGCUCCGCCCCCCCCCCCGCCGCCAGGAGUCCUCCCGCUACCAGCCCCGCCUCCAUCCCACCCGCCAUCGCCAUCGCCUACUCCAGCUCCAGCUCCAGCACCCACGCCGGUUGCAGUCUAUUCGCCUCCCCCGCCAAGAGUUGCAUCUCCCCCGCCGCCGCGCCAUCAUACUAAGCCACAUUACGCGCCGCCGCGCUCGCCUGGGAGGUCACACUUAAACUCGACCCGCUCAAAUGGCAGCGGCAAGAACAUCGAAAUAUCGAGGGAAACUGCCACCACCAUUGUAGCAAUUGCCGGUCUUGCAAUGCUCAGCUUCAUCGGUGCCACCAUUUGGCUUGUCAAGAAGAAGCGACGGCGGGCAGAGCCUCCCUCAGCACUGCCUACACAGCAGCAACCAGCUCCCCCGCCGCCACCACCCAAUUACAUUCCCUCGUCUGCUGGAUCCUCACUAGCAUCAGAUGGGUUCUACUUACGAUCACCGGGCUAUCCCUUCAUGAGGUCCAGUACUGGGAGCCAUGGGUUCCCCUACUCGCCGGCAGACUCCGGGAUAGGGUACUCGAGGAUGCUGUUCACGCCGGAGAAUUUGGCAGGAAUCUCAAAUGACUUUUCGGAUGAGAACCUUUUGGGAGAAGGUGGAUUUGGGUGUGUGUACAAGGGUAUCUUGCCAGAUGGUCGCCCUGUGGCUAUCAAGAAGCUGAAGAUUGGCAAUGGGCAGGGAGAGCGUGAGUUCAGGGCCGAAGUUGAUACUAUCAGCAGAGUACAUCAUAGACAUUUGGUUUCACUAGUAGGCUAUUGCGUAUCAGAGGGCCAGAGGAUGCUUGUAUAUGAUUUUGUUCCCAAUAACACGCUUUAUUACCAUCUCCAUGUAAAUGAAGUACCACUUGAUUGGCGUACGAGGGUCAAGAUUGCGGCCGGAGCAGCUCGUGGAAUUGCUUACCUGCACGAAGAUUGUCAUCCACGGAUUAUACAUAGAGAUAUUAAAUCAUCUAAUAUUUUAUUGGAUAACAACUUCGAAGCUCAGGUUUCUGAUUUUGGACUUGCAAGGUUAGCUGCCGACUCCAACACGCAUGUCACAACACGUGUCAUGGGAACAUUUGGGUAUUUGGCUCCAGAGUAUGCAUUGUCUGGGAAGUUGACAGCAAAAUCUGAUCUAUAUUCUUUUGGAGUUGUUCUUUUGGAACUUAUUACCGGAAGAAAACCUGUUGAUUCUUCUCAACCGCUGGGAGAUGAGAGUCUUGUCGAAUGGGCCCGGCCCUUUCUCUCACAAGCAAUCGAGCAUCGAGACUUUGGGGACCUUCCCGAUCCGAGGAUGGAAAACAAGUUUGAAGAAAAUGAGAUGUAUCAUAUGAUAGGAGCCGCGGCUGCAUGCAUUCGUCAUUCUGCGGUGAUGAGACCACGGAUGGGGCAGGUGGUAAGAGCACUGGAUAGUUUAGCCGACUCUAACCUAAACAACGGCCUUCAACCGGGGCGCAGCGAGGUCUUCUUGGAGCCGCGAACCGAGGAGAUCAGGUUGUUCCAGCUGAGAGAGUUCGGCAGCCGGGAGUGCAGCGACGAGCUGAGCCAGGCUAGCUGGAGGAGCCGGAGAGACCUGUGAACAACAGGCGUCGGUCGGUCGGUACAAGACCUUCAUUAACAUUCUUUUUGGUCAUUCUUUACAUGUAAUUAUCUCUUUUACAUGAUUUUUUCCUCCCCUGACGAAAAUCCUUGUCCUCCCCGGAGUAAAUUUUGCAAUUCUUUCAGGAGAUAAGUAAAUUCCUUCUUUCUUUUCCGUUCCUGGCCAAAUGAAAAAGAAAAAUACAGAGACUUUGGCUCCAGGCAUUCCCAGAUAAA